UGGAGCAGUGCGAAAUGGAGAUCGCAAGGUUGCAGAGGACUAUCGACAGGUUGCAAGCCAAGUUGCAGAGGAGUGGGAAGAACGGACACCAGCAGUAUACUGUGUCCGAUGAUAAUAAAAUGAAGAGUAUCAUUGCCAGGAUGUUGAGUGUCGAAGAGGAGCGCAAACGCGAACAAAUGAAGAUGUCCCUGGCCCUGUCGCACAAGCAGCGGUUAUAGACGCCCAGGGACA